AUAGAAAGUACACUUUUGGUUUAGAUCCGUUUUUGCGACCUAAAUUCCAGAGACAGAGAUAAUGCUUUAUUAUCACAUAGCCAAAUUUUAUCUUUUUACUAAUAAAUGGACCAUCGCGACCCCACCGACAGAUUUUCCUGUUACCAUAUUGAAGUCAAACCAACAUUAAUCCUAUCACUUUCUCAGACGUCGUCGUAGCUUUUAUUUCUAACAAGCGUAUUCAAAUUAGUAUAUUCUUAGACCUAUAUGGAAGAAAAAUCAAAAAUUUUAAUUAUUGAAGUGAAAGUUGUGGCUAAAGUUGGAGUUUGGUUAGGUUACAUCUGCCAAACCUGCUCAGAGCCACAGAAAGUUUGCAUCUUCCAGGAAGUCGCAAUUUUCUGCAGCUGUGUCGGUCUUGGCAAAGCAAAAAUCGAAAUUUUUAUUACUGAGUUUGAUAUGAGACUUUCAAGGACAGCAACAGUUCCAGGCUUUCCACAUGUCUUGAUAAUCUUCGCAUCCCCAAGAUGAUGUUGCCCAUACUGGUAUCGCCAUGGGAACACCAGGCGAUAAGGCGAAAAUCGGAAAGGUAGUACAAGGAAGUCAGCUGGAUCCAGACCAAGAAAGCGUUCCUCAAACAACAACUUCAACACCAAGCGCGUCAACUUCAAUAGCCACAAGCUCUGAGAGUACCUUGAUUCCGCAACUACCGCAACCAAGCACUUCAACCACAGAAAUGGGGAUGAUCAGUAGAUUACCGCAAUUCGAAACAUUUUCUGCCAUCAACGUACAUCCAUCAUUGCCGCAAACGGUAGUAAAACAAGAAAGCUAUCCAACAAGCAUGGGCGCCCUAGAACAAGCACAUAUCGAAGAUUAUUUUGCCCAGUCCAAGUAUUAUCCUAGCGUAUCAGAAAAUUUGCAAUUAUACCAGUCGGUCAUGCCACCAAAAUCAAAAACAUUCCUCAGCAUAAGUGAACCAGGACCAUCAGGAUUACAAACACAAAAAUCGAAACAGAAAAUGGGCGUUAAAAGAACAAAGAAGUCGUCACAAAUUCAAAAAAAGGGGCAUUCGUGUCCCGUGUGUCAAAAGAGCUUUGCAACCAUAGAUAAAUUGUCGAAACACCAACAGACACAUUCUGGAUCAUCACCCUUUCGAUGCGAACAUUGCAAGAAAUCAUUUAGUUCAAAAUUUAAGUUAGUUAGGCACGUUUUAAUUCAUUCAGACCGCAAACCGUUUAGUUGUACAGUUUGUGAACGGACUUUUCACAGAAAGGACCAUUUAAAGAAUCACAUCAAAGUCCACAGUCCUAGUAAGAAAGUUUAUGUGUGUGAAAAACCCGAUUGUAAGAAAGAGUACACCUCUCUGAUGAGCUACCGAAAACAUCAAGCUCUCCACGCGGCAGAGGAAGGCAGCUUGCAGUGUCAAAUUUGUUCUAGUGUUUUUUCAACGAAAGAAGAGAUUCUCUACCAUUUAAAAAUACACGCCGGAAGUCGAACAGUAAAGAAUCCAAAUGAAAAGAAAUUCACUUGUGAGCACUGCGGACGCAAAUUUUUCACGAAAAAGGACGUAAGACGGCAUCUAGUUGUACAUACAGGCAUGCGCGAUUUUUUAUGCCAAUUCUGCCCACAAAGGUUCGGUCGAAAGGAUCAUUUAGUUAGGCACAUAAAAAAGUCACAUUCGAAAAACGUACCGCCAGAAGACAUCGAAACUGCCAUUAAAAGUGAGAUACCGGAAACUAUCGUCAAGCCUGAGUUAGUGAUGAUUAAAUCCGAUCCGGAAAUUAAAACUGAGUUUUCCGAAAGUAGUCUUUCAAAUCCAGAACAAUUUGAUUUGUCCUUUGAGGAAGUUAGUAGCAUAUUACAGCAAGAACCUUUCGAUCCGUUAACGCCGUUUUUAGAACCAGAUUCUGAGGGUAAUUUGACGUUUCUGCCCUCUACAUCCUCACAAGAAGAACUGAAAGACUUGGGAAGCACCAUUUUGGAGGAUAUAGGAGAGAGUUCAAUGAUUGAAGAAAGUUUAACCGACCCUGAUGAGGAAAUUUUAGGUCAAAGUGUUUUAAAUAAUCCUGAAUUACAAAGACUGCUAGAACCUUCAGAAGAAAAAAAUUUACCUCUGCCAGGGUUCAGUCAAACUUUCCAACCUCCCCCUCCUCCAUAACAUUCUAGUUACCAACUGAAAUUAAUAUAAAUUUGAUUGGCAAUAUUUUCACUGUUUUGCUAAAAGUUACCACAGCUAUGUAACUGUUCAAAACGAUUUCAGCACAUAUGUUCUAGUCUUAAAUAAAUUAUUGUUGUUUGUUUUCUCUGUAAAUAAGUCAGGCAGCUUAUUUGUGUUAAUAUUGCCAAAAUAAAAUUAAGUAAAAAGUUGUUGAGAUUUAUACACAUUAUAUUAAUUCAAAUGUUAUAUUUAUAUAAUUUGCUAAAUUUAUCAGUGUUUGUUGUAACAAAUUGCAAGGAAAACACAUUUGCAUAAUCAAAAGCAAACAGGAAGAAAUCUGCUUGCAUCACUUCGAAAUUAUUAUUGUUAUUAUUAGUUGUAUUUCUUUUCAAGUAUUUUUCCUAUUAAAAGUGUACUUAUAUUAUUCAAUCUUUCCAAAUUCUAUUAAUAUGCGAUUUGUUGCAACAUUAUUUUGUUAGAUGUAAUUUUGAUCUGAGAACCACUUAAAAAUAUGUUGUGUUGUAAAUUAUAUUUAUUUGUUAAAUUGUUUCCAAAGUUAUCAACGCUGGUGCUAAAUCCAUCUGAAAACAAUUGACAAUUAUUGUAUAUUAUUGUUAGAUGUUACAAGAGAUUAGAUAUUUUCCAUUGUUAAAUUUUUACCAUUCAAGCAUAUCUCUGUAAAAAGUACUUUCACCACUUAACACGAUCAAGUACAAAAUUGGACAUUUCAUCGACUUUUCGCUAAAUUAAAUUUAAUUUAUUGUGCAACAGGUGUGAUAUCCAAGCUAGCAAAAAGUUGAUGAGACACUAAUUCUAUCAGUCUACAUUUUCCGAUACUAAUGAAAUAAUCUACCUCAUUUUGCAACAAUUCAUUGCUGUACAAUCAGCUAGUCAUAGUUAUAAGUCUAUCUGUAUGAUGUUAUAAUAUAGUUUUUUUAUACAUAAUGUAUAUUACAUAAUAUAUUUUACCAUGUAUAUAAUUAUUCAUAUGAGUCUAUUUUAAAAUAUGUACAUUUUAUUUUUAUACAUGAAAUUAUAGUAUUAUUUAUAUAUUCAAA